CAAGAUGAAUAGAAUGACCAAACAAGAGUCAAAAGAUUUCGAGAGAAUUUCAGCUUCCAUAACUGAGGCAUUGCCGAUGUUGACGGAAGUAAUAGACAAUAGAAAGGCCUUAGUGAGAAUUCUUCGAGACGAAGCAGAGAAAUUGAAUAAAUUGGAAAAAGGCGUACAGAAAAGUGAAAUAACCGGAAGCGCGGUUGGUGUUAUAGGAGGCGUGAUGAUUUUAGCUGGGGUAUUAGGAGCACCCUUCACUUUCGGUGGCUCUUUAUCUCUCACAUCGGCAGGGGGUGCCCUCGGUGCGGCAGGUGGCAUAACUGGUGCUGGUGCGGCCAUCGCAAAAUCAAUUAUUACUCGUAACAAACGCAAAGAAAUUAACAAACUUCUAGAAACAGACGAAAGGUUGAUGGGGAAACUGAACGAAAAAUUAAAGCUUGUUCAUGCUUCUGCGAAAUUAGUUUUUUCCGGAACUAAACUAGUCGCAAGGCUUGCUAAAUCCGUGGUAAAAACGCUCCGCGUUGGGGAUGUUGCAGCAGAUGCUGCGAAAGUCGGUGCAAAAGGUCUAAGUAAAUUUUCUAAAACCAUAAAAAAUGGUGGCGCUGUUCUUACAGCCAUAGCAAUACCCUUUGAAAUAUACAAUAUUGUAUCCAAUUCAGUAGAUAUUCACAAAGGUAAACAGAAUGAAUUGGCCAAAGAAUUUAAGAGGAUAGCGAAUGAGAUCGAAGGAACUGAGAAACAUCUAAAUGAAAUGAAAUCCAAUCUGUCAAACUCUGUACAAUAA